AUGGAUGAUCUUAUGGUGUCGCUUAUGAAACUGGAAACCUUGAACUCCAACUAUGCACGGAGCAUUGUCAAGGACUACGCAGUAGAACACAGCCAGGACCCUAUCCUGGAGCCCCCCGUCACUGAAGGUCGCUGUCAGAUACCCACAUGCCCUAUACCCCGCCAGACAAAGCUGGACAAAGGCACAGUCAUCAUAGAGGCCUUUCUACCAACAAUGUACCUCAAGACUGCCCGGAAAUCCAUGGUUUGCCGGUUUUACCUUCAAGGCAGCUGCACCAGGAUCAACUGCCCAUACAUCCACCCGCCGCGGCACGCAGACUGA